AUGGGUGUGUCUCGGGAGCGGAUCCGUUGCGACAGCGACAUGAGCCUAGCUUGUCACAAAAACAAGACAUCUGGCUGGCCGCCCCCAGGCUCCUGGGGGGCACUGCAGGGUCCCCCAUACAGCUGGGACAGCAUGAAUUGCAACAGGGAGGGCCAGAACUGCCUAAACAACCAAGAGUCCCAGAGCAGCUCCCUGGAGGAGGUACAUCUGGAUAGACUCCCACCUGUUCCCCGAUUGGUGGAGAUGCGGCGUGACCCGGUCCUGGGUUUUGGCUUUGUGGCAGGCAGUGAGAAGCCGGUGGUUGUCCGUUCGGUCACACCAGGUGGCCCAUCAGAAGGGAAGCUCUUACCAGGUGAUGAGAUCAUCAUGAUCAAUGAUGAACCAGUCACAUCGGCUCCAAGAGAACGAGUCAUCGACCUUGUCAGGAGCUGCAAAGAAUCCAUCCUAUUGGCUGUUGUCCAACCAUAUCCCUCCCCUAAAUCAGCCUUCAUCAGUGCAGCCAAAAAAGCCAUGCUCAAGUCCAAUCCGGUCAAAGUGCGCUUUGCCGAGGAGGUCAUCAUAAACGGCCAGGUUCCAAACCCAGUGAAAGACAACUCUCUUUUAUUCAUGCCAAAUGUCCUGAAGGUCUACCUGGAAAAUGAGCAAACCAAGUCUUUCCGCUUUGACAGUAGUACCUCCAUCAAGGAUGUGAUCCUGACCCUGCAAGAGAAACUGUCCAUCAAAUGCAUCGAGCAUUUCUCCCUUAUGUUGGAGGAGAGGGUGGAAGGCUCUGGAAGCAGACUUCUUUUGCUCCACGAACAAGAGAUGCUUACUCAGGUGACUCGCAAGCCUGGUUGUGAUAAGAUGAAGUGUUUCUUUCGAAUCAGCUUCAUGCCCCACGACCCAGUAGAGCUGCUGCGACGAGAUGCUGUGGCGUUCGAAUACCUCUAUGUGCAGAGCUGCAAUGAUGUGGUGCUGGAGCGGUUCGGCUCAGAAUUGAAGUACGACGCGGUGCUGCGACUAGCAGCGUUGCAAAUGUACAUCCUCACCUUAACAACCAAACAAAGUCAGAGGGUCUCCCUAAAAUAUAUCCAAAAGGAGUGGGGCCUAUCACUGUUCCUGCCUCCAGCCGUGCUGACCAGCACCAAGGAGAAAAACAUAAAAAAAGCUCUGACGCACAUCCUCAAAACCAACCAGAACCUCGUGCCUCCUGGGAAAAAACUGACAGCUUUGCAGGCCAAGGUGCAUUAUCUUAGGUACCUCAGUGAGCUCCAACUUUAUGGCGGGAGAGAAUUUAAAUCAAUACUUUUGCAAGGUGAGAAACAAACCGAGGUAACAUUGUUAGUGGGUCCUCGUUAUGGUAUCAGUCAUGUCAUCAAUGCACGGACCAACCUAGUGGCCCUCUUGGCUGAUUUCAGCCAUGUGAACCGAAUUGAAAUCCUCAACGAGGAUCAAAACAAUGUCCGACUGGAGCUACAUGUUCUGGAUGUCAGGCCCAUCACACUUAUCAUGGAGUCAAGUGACGCAAUGAACCUGGCCUGUCUAACAGCAGGCUACUACCGCCUCCUAGUGGACUCAAGGAGAUCUAUCUUUAACAUGAUACGCGGCAGCAACUCCACAGAAGAUGACAACGGUCAGGAUCGUGUCCUGGAGUGGCCAUAUAGCACAUCUUUUGGGGACAGUGAGGUGUUAUCACAGAGCCAGGCGCAGCUCUGCAGAGACUCUCAAUGCUCAGACAAUGAGGAGAGAAAAAACAGCCUCUAUCCCUACUGCCAUCAAUCCCAAAACCCUGACAGAGCCUUUCAGACCCAGAGUCCGGUGCCACCUCCUCUUCCGCCCUCGACCAGACACAAACCUCAAGACUCACCUCAUAGUGCCAAAGUGUCAUUUAUUUUUGAAGGAGAGCCACCAUUGAACAAGCCCAGGAGCUUAAUCUAUGAACGACUUCAGGAGAGUGCUGAGGUAGCUGAGCACAGAACAACUUACUUGCACAAUACUGACUUUGAGACACCAGACAGGAAGUCAUUUCACUUCAGUGACCUGACACAUGUCUAUAGCAACAUAAUAACUGAGGAAGGCGGUGAGGAGCCACUAUUAAGAGACUUGUUUUAUCGUGACACCACAGACGAUGCAGAGGAUGAGGACGAGGCUUCUUGUGAAGAAGACUCCACUGGAGGAACUGGGGGAGAAGUGAGAGAAGGAGUGGCCACUGCAGCCGGAAAAGCUUCUUUUCUUUUGCUUUCUGGACCAACCGAUGACAUAAUUGACCUCACUUCACUGCCUCCACCUGAGGGCGAUGAUGCAAUUGAUGAUGAUGAGGAUGACUCGCUGCUGCAGACACUUAACCUUGCAAUCGCAGCUCCCCCACCGGGGUUUCAGGACAAUUCAGAUGAGGACAUGUUACCUGAGGAAAAGCUCCUGAGCCCGCACAACAACCAUGAUAUUCCAGUCUCAUUAAUUGGUGCUAUCCCUAGUCAAGAGGACAGAGUAGAGGAGGGAAGGAGGCAGCUGGAUAACACAGUAGUAAAAACCCUGCAGGCACUUGAAGCAUUGUCUGUCUCUGAACAGAAGCCUCCUCCACCACCACGUCCACCACUUAGCAGGAACAAUCCAGGUGUUUACACAUCUCGAGGCUAUAGCCCAGAAUCUUCCUCCGACUCCGGAAAUGAGACAAACUCCUCAGAAAUGACAGAAUUGUCUGAGCUGGCUGCUUGUCAUCGACUCAACGAGAGCCACAUGCGCCUCCUGGUAGCCACGAGGGAGGGAUACCAGCCUUUACUUGAGGAAAAAACUGAGUUCCCUGUUUCACCCAGUACUGCAGGAACAACCCAAAAGAAGUCCCGUAGUCCACAGCACCUACGACCACCUGCUGUCCCUCCAAGACGGAGCCCGCAUUUGGACACAGCAGGAUCGUUACGGCCAGACUGCCUCAGAGGGAGAUCUCAGACAAACCUCUCCUCUACUCUUCAGCGGCCAAAUUCCACAACUCCCGAAGGCAAGCAUCAGAAAAAGUCUGCAGACUCAAGCGGAAAGUACAACACAUUUAGCACAAGGGAAGGGUACCAAAGCGGGAGUGGUGGAACCAUCCAUCUUGAGAUUAAUCAACGUACUCCAUUCUGUGAUCGUGGAGGAAGCCAAAGAAGACUCAAGUUCUUUUUGGAGGAAAACUCCCAAGCUCAGGACCAGGAUGCAAACAGCCUCUCUUGUGACCAUUCCAGAAUUGUCCGUCCCGCUUCGUCUCCAUCUGAUGGCCUUUCAGGUGUGGCUACUCUCGGAGAAUGUGUUGAAGAUAAUAGAGAUGUCGAGCAAGAUGAACAUCUAGUUGUAGCAUCAUUAGUGUCCCCAAAUAAAAACAACCAAUUGGUGGGUUCUGACCAAGGAUCAGACCUACAGAAUGACCAUCAUCCUAUUUCAAGACAGCAAAGUGUUGCACGUUUAUGUGAGUACCAUCUUGCAAAGAGGAUUUCAAACUUACAAGGUGACGCUCACAAUUCUCUACAGGGCUCCCUGUGCUCAUCAUUGGAUACUCGUGGCAGCGCAAACAGCAGUGUCUGUGCCACUCCAACCGAUUCACCACUUGGUCCAGGGGCGACUGAGUCCAAACACCACCGUCUACAAAGGCACCCAAUCUCAAAUUCUUCUUCGUCUUUACUCAGGGUUUUAAACUAUGAUGAACUUAAACCUGGACAGAGUCCCCAAACAAAGGAUUUACACCCUCAUGCGGACCCUGUCCUCCUUCGAAAAAUGCUGCCAAACAUCCACACACCUGCUGACCCUGGCCAUCCAUCCUCAGCCACACCCUCUACACACAAAGAGACAAUUACAAGCAAAAAGCCCUGUUUUAAAGGGCCAAACCAAAAAGAAGGCAGUGAGGCGUACAGACAAUUUAUCAACUACCUAACUGUGAGCCAAAUGCACCAAGGUGGAAAGUUACACAGUGCAGGCAUGGGGGGCGGUGUGAAAAAAGACACUCGUCGCUACAUCACAAGCAACCCUCAACUUGUCGAAAUGGCUAAGAAUCGAGGGAGCACAAUCUCUCGAUGCCACUGUAUGCCAUCCUCGAUAUCAUCCCCUUUUGUCCGCCCAAAUUUGGUCAACCCAAAUGCCGUGCAAGUGAUGAAUAGAGAUCAAAAGUUAUACCACUCUGCCACACUUCCGGCCAAAUUUAAAAGAAGUCCUGAGAUGGCCACUCAGGGUCCAAAUGGUCGGUUAGAUGCAAAGCGGGAAAAUUCAGAAAGACGGAGCUCUUUUUCUGGACUUCAAAGUGAGCUUGAAAGGAGUGGUAUGGACCUUGAUCAAUUCCUAUCGGUAUAUAAGACAGAUGGCUACAUUACCCAUGAGGUUGGGGGAACCACUGGCAGGCCUCCAUCUCGUUCAAGAAGCCAACCAAGUGGUUGCACAGAUGAGUGGUGGACAUCAGACCCAAGAGAAAGGCAUACAGUCCUUCAAACUUCUGCCUCCUGUUUAAGUGGUCAGCAAGUAGACCUCAGUAACUUUUCACUCGAAAGGGGUCCUUCAGCUUUCACUAGACAGACAUCGACAAGUACCAUAGCUGGAAUUUCCUCUCCAUCCUCACCAAUCCAUACACAGUCUCCCCCUCCUCCUGUAAUAAUUUCAGCACAUCCCAACACUGUUUCCAGCAACUCUCGGAGCACACAUGAUGUCAUUCAUUCCACCCAGUCUCGGCCAACUCAUAACAACAUUCUUGCUGUUAGCCCAAUGCUGUCACAGUUGGAUUCUGUCAAUAAUUACUCGCAAAGGGGGCGGGAACUUAAACACAGCUCUGGCAAUGUCACCAACAGCUCUGGUAGCGUGGAGGUUCUGUUCGAAAAGCACAGCCGAAGCCAGAUCCACCAACCCUUGUCACCAUCUGUGUCCCAGCAAGGAGAAACCAAAGUCCAAAGGAGGCCAACAAGGAAAAGGCUAUCUAAGAGUUACUCUCAAGGCUCAGUCUCAUCCCAUAGCACUUGUUGGUCUUCUGGCACCAGGAUAGACAGCAGGAGGGCUUCAGUAGCAUUACCUUUGCAGAAAGAUAAUAAACAAAUGAAGGGCUCUCAAAAACUAGACACCAGUCCUUGGAGAUGCAAUGGACCUUUCAGCUACUGUUUCUUUAAACGUAAAGGUGAGGGAGAAGAUGAUGAGAGCGACUGGGACACACCAAGACGAAGUCGUGGUGGGUGCAACCUAGAUAACAACUGUGGUGCAUCAUUAGCCAUCUUCCCCUGUGGCUCAGCAGUGGAUGCAGCUGGAGAGCAGCUGUAUGGUGAGGUUCUUAACAACAUGAGCUUUAGUGACCGCCUGGCCCGGGUCAACGCCCUUAAGGACCACAUGUACAGCUUCCCUUAUGGCUUCACAGAGGUCCGGCGUGAUGCCAGUGAGCUCAUUGCCUUGGUGAGAUCCAGCAUAGGUCGCUGUGAUCGUGGUGUCCAAAUGCCAAUGCAGGAAGUGUCACAAUCCAAGCAACUCCUCUCAGUGGAGUCCAAAGAGUUAGGCCGGGCAUGUCGUCGGAUGGCGCAGGCGCACAGCAGCCCUGAGGAGAUGCUGCUGGCAGUGACGUGCAGUUUCCAGGUGCUUUGUUGUCUCUGUGAAGCUUGUAUGUGUCUCGUAAAGGGGCUUAGUACGUCAGCCUCACAUCAACAAAGAGAGGUUGUCGCAAAAGUAGAUGAGGUUGUUAUGAACUACAUCUGUUUACUCAAAGCAGCUGAAGCAGCAACUGUGGGAGAACCGGGAGAGCACAGUGUCAAGGUACUGGUGAGUCAUUCAAGUACCAUGUCAGCUAUCGCUAACGCACUAACGCGCUCUCUUAAAACGCUACUAAGCAAGUAGGCUUUCCUUGACCCCUUUUACUGUCUUGUGUGGCCUAUGCAGUCAGCAGAAGUCUGUCUUUCAUCUCAUUCUUUUUGAGGCAACUGUAGGACUUUUAUGUUUUUAGGCAUUAAAAUAAACAUCACUAACUGAAAAAAUAUGGUAAAAAGCAGUCCUCACUUAACUUGAUUUUUAUUUUAAUGUGUGUUAACAAAGCCAUACAGUUGUCGACUUUUUAUGAUAUCCAAAUACCAAGUAGAUUCCUAUUUAUCUGUGCAUUAUGUAAUCUAUUUUUCAAAUAUAUAUAAUUAUUCUGUAUAUACCGUGUUUUGUACGGUUAAAUAAUGUUUUGCAGAAGCAAGUCCAAUCAGUUCAUUAAGUGUAGUUUUGCUACUGAUGUAAAUAAUCUUGAAAUUCUCCAAAUGCAAGCAAAUGUGAAGGAUGUUUUUUUUUUUGAAGUGGUGAAUUCAAGGUAGUAUUUGAGAAGUAAGCAAAUAGUGUAUAAGAUGUGUUGCAAUCUAAUCUUGA